UAUAACUACAGUAUGAGGUAUAUACGGGAUAUUUAUUCGACAGGGAAUCACAUGAGGAUUACUUUUACAUCCANAUCUUCGCUCACUCGUCAAAGAGGUUUUAAAGCACGUUAUGAAGUUUCAGAACUAUCCUCUGCUGCUUAUUCAAAGGAGAAGUGUUACUAUGGGAACGUCAACAAUGAAAAACUGAGUUUGAAAGGAACUUAUGGAACUCUAGAAAGUCCAAAGGAAGAUUCUUCAUAUCCACCGAAUAUGAGAUGUGACUGGGUAAUCACUGUGCCAGAGGGAAAGAUUGUAAAGCUCAGCUUUGAUGAAUUUGAAUUACAACCCGACUACGGGUCAUGUAGUAAAGAUUAUGUAGAGGUUCGAGACGGGAAAGAAAGCUACAGUGAAAAUAAAGGGACAUUCUGUGGUCUAACAACACCAGCAGACAUUCUCUCAAGCGGACGGUACAUGAGAGUGAGUUUCAGAUCCGACUCAGAUUCUUCGUAUGGAUGGUUUCAAGGCCACGAUGGUUUCAAGGCCACGUUCACAGCAGAGGAGAAGGAAAAGUCUUCUUCUCCGCUUAUUAUGGCCGUCAUUGUCGGUGUGAUUGUCUUCGUCCUCUGCAUUUGUGUUCUGGUAUGUAUUGCAAAAUGCGGGAAAACAAGACGGAAUCGAUCAGCGGCUGCCAGGAUUCCAAUGGCGACACAAACUGCUACUGCAGUGUCUCAGACCACACAGGCAGGUGUGAUACACCAUCCAGCCCCGCCUCAGCAAGCGGCUAGCCAUCCUCCUUUCCAAACGGCAUCAAAUCUUAACCCACCCCCUCCUGUGGGUUUUGCUCCUGCGCCGUCUAACGCAUACCCACCACCCCCGGAGUACCCGUAUCCAUUGCAGCCUCCACCACCCUACCCUGGAGGGGAACAAGUUCCCCAGUAUCCACCUCCAGGUCAGUCGUAUCCAUGGCAACAGAGUGCACAAGUCCAACCCUCCGCGCCUCCCAAGGAACCAUAAAUUUUGUGUAACUCUCUUUUUGGAGCGGAAAAUUAUUUGUUCUGAGAAGAUUAAGGCGGAAGUUCUAAAAUAAGCGCCUUUAGUAGAAUAACUGUACAGCUUUAAAGUCGUCGAGGUAGUUACAUGUUUUAAAAGAGUUUGGAACACUCACGCACGGUUGUUGAUAGAGGCAUUUAUUCUUACGGUCUUGUGCCGUUGAUUCUUCUUUAUUCCUUGCCUUGAUCUCUUAUUACAAUUUAAUGCUAUGGAGCUAGCUAAGCUCUCGACUCUACUCAAUUCUAUUCAACUCAGAGUGAAAAUGUUGUUCACCAGCUUAUAAAGGUGACAGUAAAAGGUGACACUACUAGCUUUUCAACUUUCAUGCAUCAUCAACGUUUGUUACGUUUCUCAACCAGCGCAUCACGUUAAGCUACGUGAAACAGUUGCUGCAUACUAAGUAUGUACCUUCGAGAUAUUUACGCAGUUAUAAAAUCAAUUUCUAACUUAAAUUUCUUAAAUUUCCAGUCUAGCUCCGGCAAGACAAAAACAAGAUUGGCAAAAAUCAUAGAGAAACCAUUGCGUAGAUAGAAGUGCACUCAAAAAGAUAACUAAAACGAAAACAGCCCUUGAAGUUUGUUACAUAACAACAGAAUAAAUAGAGGAUUCGAGGAAGUAGGGGUGUACACAAGUACCGCUCCCAGAAAAGCUACGUGCUCUUAGCACAAGUCAUCUAAUUAAAAA